AUGAUUGCCAACACAACCGUGAGGCAUUUCUCCGAGAACAGCACACAGACAACCGGCCAUACAGACUCGAGUAAUUUCAACCAAGCUUGUGAAAUAACAGCCGACUCCGCUGUAGAGAUUGCAGCUAAAGCUCUGGCUUAUAUUUCUAUUUUCCUGGUUUCGUUUAUCGGAAAUAUCUCUCUUCUUGUGGUCAUUUACAAGAACAAGCAGCUACGAAGAUCCAUCAACUAUUUCGUUUUCAACAUGGCUAUAUCCGACCUCUUCAACCCUUUGACCAUCAUGACUGUGAAGAUCGUUGAGAUCAUUUCAGGAUCGAGUUCCUGGAAAGUUGAUCGUCCGUGGCUUCUGGGAAACAUUCUAUGCAAACUUGCCUACUUUCUGCCAGAUGUUUCUCUCGUGAUUUCCAUUGGAAGUCUUCUUUUGAUCUCCAUAGACAGGCUCAUCGCUGUCGUCUUUCCACUGAAGACUAAACUUAUCUCCUCAAAAGUACGAUUGAUGAGUAUUCUAAGCAUCUGGUUUAUCGCCAUCGCCGUCCAUGCACCUUAUUUCUACACUUUCAAACUGAUCCGCGACGAAAAUGAAACGUAUUGUAAGUUGAAUUGGGGACCGGCAUUCGACCACAUGAAAACGCACAGAAGAUUUCUUACGGCAACUUUUAUCACUUUCAUCCCCAUUCCCAUUUGUGUCCUGGCCGGUGUGUAUAGCAUUAUCGCAUGGACAAUAAGAAAAAGGAACAAAAAAACUAAAGAGAAACUGUCUUGUCGCCAAAUCCAUCGAGAUCAGCAGCUGAGGAAAAUUGUCAGAUUGGCAAUGGCCAUUAUGAUUUCCUUCGUUUCCUGCAUGGCUCCCCUGCUUAUCUAUUCGUUUCUCAAAUUUUUUCUGUGGAAUUAUUGGGAAUCGCCACCCAUUUGUGCAUUUCAGACAGUUAUUCCAUUUAUUUCUGUCUUUCUGCUGCAUUCGUGGAGUGCAGUUAAUCCCUGCAUUUGUUUUAUCUUUAGCGAGAACUACCGCAACGGCCUCAGGCAAUGUUUUCACUGUAAUGGCCUCGGUCACAGAAAAUCAAGUUUGCAAGACAACUACCAAAUGCAAACGAUGACGAGCUCUUGCAGAGACAGUUCUUUUCAGACCUAUUCAAGUAGCAUACGCACUAUCUCGUACAGCAGAAAAAAUUGAGCAAUAUCAGAAGCCCAUUAUAUAU